AUGGCGCAGCACAGCUCAAACCCAUUUGACGACAAGACGUAUAAUGUCUCGAGGCAUGAGUCCAGCGUCCUGCCCGAAGUCAUCACGACCUCGGCGCCCUCGGAGCCAGACUGCUAUUUCACAGCCAAGGCGGUGCCGAUGCGCACCUCUACGCUGGGCACGGGAGGAGCAGGAGCAGUCGGCUCGCCGUUCUCGCCCAACUCGCCCUACAACAGCAUGAUUUCGCCAUCACAGUUCCCGCCGCCGCCGGGCCACAACCACCCAAGCUUCGUAUUCCGGGACCCAGGGACCGACGUGUUCAACUCGAACUCGGGGAGAGACUCGACCAUGACACUACCGACGCCCUCGCCUUCGCUCUUCCCUCAGCCGCCGACCAUGACGGGGACGGCGACGACGCAGCUGCAGCCCAUCCGGCCGCUGUUCGCCGCGUCCCGGGAGCAGCAAACCGUCUCGGUCGUCUCAAACGCCUCCUCGCUCCCCCCACCGCCGCCGCCGCCCAAGGAGAACCCCUUCCUGGGCGCCAGCGAGCAGCGGGAGCGGGAGCGGCCGCGCAGCUCCAAGGCCUGGCCGCUGCCGGCGCCGCUGCGACUCCACCGGCGGUCGCAGCAGCACGAGGAGGAACCGCUCCAGCUGCCGGGCUCGGGGGCGUCGCCGCUCCUCCCGCCCACCAGCCCCAUCUCGCCGCACUCGCCCGUGAGCAACCCGACGCUGUCGCCGCUGACGAUGCAGACGCUGGCGCACCUGUCGACGACGGCGCUGCGCAGCCCGUCGCUGACGUUUGUGGAGCCCGACGGCGGCAGCGGCGGCCACCGCCCGAGCAGCACGUCGCCGGGCCCGCUGACCGCCGAGCAGCGCGAGCGGCUGUGGGAGAUGAAGCGCGCGCACGACUUGGGCGAGGACUACCGCGGCCGGCGGCGGAGCAACUGGGGCGCGACGAGGAGGAAGGGCGGGGGAGGCGGCCCCGGGGCCAAGAGCACGGCCAGGACGUACCUGUGGAUCGGGCUCGGGCUCAGCCUGCUGGCCCUGGCUGGCAUUGUGGGCUUGAUCCUCGCGCUGACGCUCGGCCGCGGGGAAUCGUGA